AUGGAAGACGACAAAAUGCAGGUUGACGACACCGCUGAGCAUGAAAUUGAACACAAUGACGAACGCAAGGUAGAGACGACUACAGUUGCCACCAACAAUGAUAGUAUAGCAUCUGAUGAAGUGGUAACAGUACCCAAUGACGAGGUUUCCAAUGUUUCAGAGGAUGUGACCGGAGUUAAUAAAGAACAAGUAGAAGAAACAAACCCAGAUGACACGCCUCAGAAUCAACUUGAAGCCCCUCAACCGGCAAUUAGCUCGAGAUCAGAUCAAGACGAAGACAACAGUACGGAUCUUAAUGGCUCGGCAAAUACCAAUGGUGAUUCGGAGCAGGCAGACGGACCUAAAACAGAAGAAUUAUCGAAGGGUUCUGUACCGCAACAGCCAUACGAUCCUGUGGCCCUUCAGAAAAAUAUUGAAGAAAAGGCUCGUCAAUAUUUAGCAAAGCAAUUAUACCGUGUUAUAAUUCCCUCAUACUCUGCUUGGUAUGAUCGAGGUGCUAUUCAUGAUAUUGAAAAGCGUUCAUUACCUGAGUUCUUCACAGGCGUAAAUAGAACUAAGACCCCGGAGGUUUAUGCAGACUAUAGGGAUUUCAUGAUUGAUACAUAUCGCCUUAAUCCUACCGAGUACCUGACUGUUACAGCGUGUCGUCGUAAUUUGGCUGGAGAUGUCGCAGCGAUUAUGAGAGUUCACUCAUUCCUCGAACAAUGGGGUCUAAUCAAUUAUCAAAUUGACCCAGAAACGCGCCCAUCGCUAAUUGGACCUCAAUACACGGGUCAUUUUCAGGUUAUUCUGGAUACUCCCCUUGGCCUUCAACCUGCUGUUCGAGUCAAAGAAGAGGAGCGGUCUUUGCAAGUUACUGAGCAUAGUACUAUGCAGGUCAAAGAAGAGGACGUUGAAGAAUCGAAAUCGAAAAGUUUACCCUUCAAUCUCUCUCUUCGCAAGAGCAUAUACGAUAAUGCCGCCGAUGCGGCUGCACUGUUAGAGGACAGCCAACGGAAAUUUAACGCUGUUAAUACUAGAGUUUACAACUGUUUUACAUGUGGUGAUGAUGUUACAAAAGUUCGAUAUCAUAAUCUACAAUCUAAGCAAACUGUGGGCUCGUUAUGUUUCAAGCACGGUUUAUUCUCUUCAAACAUGCAAAGCGCAGACUUUGUGAAGAUCGAACAGGAGCUCGCCAAUGGUGCUACAUGGUCUGAUCAAGAAAUCUUACUUCUACUCGAAGCCAUUGAAAUGUAUGAGGAUGAUUGGACUGCAAUUGCGUACCAUGUUGGGUCUAGAACAAAGGAGAGCUGCAUUGUGAAGUUUCUUCAGAUGCCAAUUGAAGAUCCCUACUUUUCUGAAAAUGCAGAUGGCACUGGUAACAACAAAAAGGGGCUUGUGAAUGGUACAUCCAAUGCCACAUCCUCGUCUGCAUUGAUUGAAAAACUUAUUGAAGUUCUUAAUAAACCGGCUACUCAAACCAAUGGAAUCGUCAAUAAAGCUCAAGAGCUGGUUGGCGAAGAACACCAAACACAGACAAAAUUAAUAACUUCACUGGUAGAGGCUGAGCUGCAAAAAAUUGAGCUCAAGCUGAAACGAUUUGAAGAGCUCGAGGCAACUGUGAGAGCUGAACAGCGACAAGUGGAUCAAGCCAGGCAACAGCUUUAUCUCGAUAGAUUGUCCCUUAAAUCCCAGUCAGACUCUGUAUUACGGAAGCUUCAACAAGCUGUUAAGGCCGAAGGUGAAGAGGCUGUGGAUCUGGCUGUGGAAGCAUCUCGACUAGCAGCUGAAAACCCACAAAUCACACUUGCUAAGGGUGCUACCGAAAUUAAGCCGGGUUCAGCUACUCUAAAGCCUUUGUUGAAACCUGUCAGCCUCGACGCUCCUCAGGAGUUCAAGAUUUGGUCCGCCUAA